UAAUAUUGGCUUCACCACACAAUCUGAGCCCUCAAACUGGAAUCAGUUUGUCGGCGAAUGGUUCGUUCUGAGCGCGUUCGAUCCGGACGCCUCGUGCCUGCGCUUCAACUACACCUCGUGCGGCGCCGGCUGCCUGCACGUGCAGGAGCAGAAGCAGCUCAGUCUCAUCAGCACGUUUGGCGUGUCGAACGUGUACCGGGCCGCUGGACUGCUGAGGUUCGACAUCGACCAGCCCGCCAGGAUGGUGGCCACCUUCAACGACAACCAGCGUGUGGCCGAGUACGCCGUUCUGGACACGGACUACGACUCGUUCGCGGCCGUCUACACAUGUGAGAACAUCACGGUGGGAGCGCUGUCCCUCUACCACCGGCGGGAUGUGUACUUCCUGAGCAGGAAACAGAACAGCUCGUCCAUCGCACUGUCCCAGGUGGAACGGGUGAGCUCGAUGCUGAUCGCCAAUCAGAUUGAGAACGAGUUCGAGCCGGUGGUGCACGAGCGGUGUCUGAGCGCCGACCAGGCCCUGCUCGACCUCGACACCAACCGGGGCAUCGUCGAGAGGGUGCAAGGAAUGGUUGCCGACGCCUCAAAUGCCAUCACCGGCGGACUCAACUCCCUGGCCUCGGCAAUCUCGGGAGUUUUCUCCGGAUUCAGACGCAGAACCCGACUGUAACUGCGCUGCACGUGCCAAAAAUCAGCCAAGGAACUCACCGGCAUUAGGGAUCAUCGUUCCAUAUGAAGGAUUGUGUGAUGUGUCGAAACAUCGCGAUGAGCGUCAAUCAAAAGAUUGACCAAAGAGGAUCUUGGACGUCGUUUUUUAUCUUUUAGCGUGCAGAAGUCACUGUUCAUUAGUUAUGCAAGAUAGAUGCUUAUAGACAUAUACUACACCAUCAAGUCCGAAUCGAUGCAAUUUCGUCGGUACUGCUACGAAUGACAGGACAGGCCCGUCGGGUCACAAAAAAGUUGAGCGCCAAAGCAAGGCGUUUUACAAUGUCACUACCGGUUAUGGCAUCGAGAUUACCAUUCAUAGGCGGCGGAACGAUUUGAGACAAGGGGGGGCACCAGCUCAAGGAGCCAAACCUAGGGUACCCCCAAAUCCGGUUUUCUCAUCGGAUUUAGGCCACUUAUUUUUCGUCACAGCCCUGACACCAUGAUUUUUUAUUUAUUAUUAUUUUUUUUUUACUAAACGAAAAUGGCAGUUCACCCCCGUACGUGUGGUUAACUUGAAGCUGAUCCUCAAGUACCUAUGUGUUUGUCUCUUCCUUAUUCUCGUUUGAUAAAUUCCAUUAAUCCUACAUGUAUCAAAUUACCAAGAAGCCAUCGCAGUACUAAUCAGUGGCGAAUCCCAGGGGGGAGGUCACAUGGGUCAUGACUUUGGGCCUGGGGUCACCACAUGCCUGCCAGGAGCACCACAGGCCUGACAGCCGACAGGGGCACCACAGACCCGCCAGGGGUACCACAGGUCUAGCAGAGGCACCACGGGCCUGUCAGUGGCACCACAGGCCUGUCAGGAGCACCAUCGGCCUAGCAAAAGCACUACAGGUCUUCCAGGGGCACCACAGACCUGCCAGGGGCACCAGAGGCCUGCCUGGGGCACCAGAGGCCUGCCAGGGGCACUAUCGGCUUCGCAGGGGAACCACCGGCCUCGCAAGGGCACCAUGGGCCUGUCAAGGGCACCACAAGCCUGUCGUUGGCACUUUAGGAUUGUCAGGGAUACCACAAACCUGUCAAGGGCACCUGCGUUCUAACAGGGGCACCACAGGCUCGUCAGGGGCACCACAGACCUGCCAAGGCCCAGGGACACCACAGGCCUAGCAAGGACACCACAGGCCUGUCAGGGGCACCACGGGCCUGUCAGGGCCCAUGGGCACCUAAGUUAUGUGCAGGGCCCACCGUAGACUUGUCAGGGGGCAGGGUAGGUAGGUACCACAGUCUUUCCAGGGGCACCAGCAGCCUAGCAGGGGCACCAGUCAUCACACGACUAACCAAAAAUAAAGAAAAUAAAAAA